AUGUUAUCAGCGCCUUUUGCGCCAUUUCUCUAUCUACACCCUCGGUUUCGUCAAGUGCGAGAAUGGUCGUAUCGACAGGCACUGACGACUACAUUCGUCAAGGUCUUCCUACGGGUCUUCAUAUUCUUUCGCACAAGACCACCUCUCUCACUUAGACCCGGCUUAGACAGAGACCGUUUCGUCCAGAUAGAGCCAGCAGCAUCAGAGUUAUACAGCGGCAUCACAAUAGACGACGAGAUCCAACCAGUGACUGUCGGAGGUACGUGGUUUCCAACACUCUACCAAUACACCACAACCACCGAAGAAGACAAGCACGUCAUCAUCCACUUCCACGGCGGCUCCUACAUCCUCGGCGACGGCCGCACAUCAACCUGCCACUCCCUCGCCAAGAACCUGUUGAAGCACACCCCGUCGAGCCAUGUCUUCAGCCUCCAGUACCGCCUCGCCUGCAAACCCAACGGCCGCUUCCCCGCCCAGCUCCAAGAUGCCAUCUCCGCAUACUCGUAUUUGCUCCAUACUUUGCACAUCCCGGCUUCGCGGAUCGUACUCAGUGGCGACAGCGCAGGUGGCCACCUCGUGCUCGCACUGCUCCGCUACAUCAGCGACUACGAUGACGAACAGGCUCUUCCAUCUCCAACAUGCAGCUGGGUUUUCUCGCCCUGGUGCGACAUCCCCGGCGCGCUGAACAACCACCUCUGGGAUAAUAUUCCCAACGCGCUGAUAGACUAUAUCCCGCCCUCGUUCCCUGCCUGGGGUGCGAAACACGUCAUCGGGAAUCUGGAGAUCACUGAAGAUUACGAGCCGUACCUUGCGCCGAUAUGGCAUCCUUUUCCCCUGCCGUCACCUCUUUUGAUUGUUUCUGGUGGGAAAGAGGUGAUGUGUCAGGAACAUGAUCGGAUGACGAGACAUUUGAGUAAGAUGCAGCAGAAUGAGGACCGAGUCGAGUAUUUCGUGCAGGAUCUUGCGCCGCACGAUAUCAUUAUGGUUGCUUGGCUUUUGGGGUUUCAUGAGGAGGCUGAGCAGUGUGCUAUUAAGGCUGGGAUAUAUUAG